AUGAUUCGAAGUUCGAACCCCAUCACUGCCAUCCAACUCCUGCCUUUCCGUGGCGGAGAUUCUCGGAAUCAUGAUUCAUCCGGUUCCACAUCGGCAGACGAUUUUGAAAAGUACACCGAUUCAAGUCAUCAGCAAUUCACAACCCGUCGGCUUAUGCCACUUCUCAUCGCACGAUCACAUCGCUCACAGGAAAACAAUAGAACACGUCCUAGCAGUUCUGGUCAGCGACGGGGUCGAUCUAAUCGUCUCUCUGAUGCCACUUCGGCCCGGAACGAUCCAGCGGCUCCUGAACGAGCUGCAACUCGUGAUACUAAUCGUUCUGCACAAACCCCAUCUAUCAAUGCUCAGGCCUCUGGUAGCUCAAUGCGUGUGUUGAGACUCGGCUCAACUGGUGGACGGAAUGGCCAUAAUGAAAUAGCAACCGCGUCAUCUACGUCAGUCCAGCCUGCAUCGACACAGAUACGUGCAUCAGAAUCAGGUGCUGCUCCUGCUGCGGCUCCCGAUGGUGUUGCUGUCACUUCUACAGUGAUACCCAACACCGAGAUCAGCGGUGGUCAAUUCACGGUUGAUACAUCUGAGACGUUACGGGUUCUAAAUCGCAAGAUCCUCGAAUCCGUCGUUGAUGCUGAGGUGGCUGGCUCUGGGGCAAGCGAAACAACAGUCGGGACAAUUGAGGAAGGUGCCGCGCAGCCUUCGAUUCCUGGCACUCAAGAUUCCACCCAAAAGAUUCCUCAACAUAAAUCUGUAUCAGGUGAUCCUAUCGUUAAACAGUUGGGUUCAGUCGAUAAAGAAGCGGAACCACUAACUGCCACGAUUAUUGAUUCCUAA